AUGGACAGCAUCUCGCCAUGCACGACUUCAUGGCUCGCGAGGUCGCUGAAUCCAAUCGGCGAGGUUCAAAUCCCUCGCGGGACUUCAAAGAACGAUGCCGUGACGAUGGAGAUCUCCGUCUACUCUGGCGAAGGCAAAGAACGCUUGUCGCUGUCGCGUUGGUUCAUUGAGUUUGACAUUGCUAUCGCCUCGAAACUUCUCAAGGCUCCUCAAGUAAAGGUCAACUUCCUCCUUCACGUCUCACUGGGAAAGACAAUGAAGCCGCCACAAGAAGAAAAGUUGGUGCGUUCGAGGUUCCUGUCCUUGAGACAGGGCAAGGUGGACAUGCGCAACUACGUGCAGAUGGCUCGACAUCUGGCGUCGUGCAUUGUCACGCGUCCCAUGGACAUGUACACACAAGUAAACGUGUUUGCCGAUGGCAUGCGUGAAGGGCAGACUCGCCUUUCGCUGGAGCGCGCGGAGCCUGCCACGUCGGAAAAGUCUUUCGCUAUCGCCCUCCGUGAGGACUUAAGAGUCACCAAGGCCUACACCAAGCCUUCAGUUUUAGCCGCUGUCAGAUCAGCGGGCCCGGAACCUAUAUGUAUUGAUGCGAUUGAGUCGUCGGGUGACCGAUGA